AUGGAUAUAUAUAUAUAUAUAUAUAUGUUCAUAGCUAUCUAUCUAUCUAUCUAUCUAUCUACGAGUUGCACUAACAAAUCCUUGUCCCUAUCUAUCUAUCUAUCUAUCUAUCUAUCUAUCUAUCUAUCUACGAGUUGCACUAACAAAUCCUUGUCCAUAAUCUAUCUAUCUAUCUAUCUAUCUAUCUAUCUAUCUAUCUAUCUAUCUAGGCAUUUCGAUAAUUUUGUAACUAACAAUAUCUAUCUAUCUAUCUAUCUAUCUAUCUAUCUAUCUAUCUAUGUCUGUUCGUAUCUAUCUAUCUAUCUAUCUAUCUAUCUAUCUAAGUCUGAUCGUACUAAUCUAUCUAUCUAUCUAUCUAUCUAUCUAUCAAAGUCUUCUGAUCGUACUAUUCUAUCUAUCUAUCUAUCUCUAUCUAUCUAUCUAUCUAAGUCUAUCCAUAUCUAUCUAUUUAUCUAUGUGAAUUUUUGUCCGUUCUCUCAGUGA